AUGUUGCGGGUGGUGAUGGUCUGGAGACACCAACUACUGCGGGUGGUGAUGGUCUGGAGGCACCAAAGAAUGCCCAGUCAGAGCCUGUUCAAGAAUUUGUAUUAUGUGAUGAAGGUUCCAAGAAUUGUGAGGGAGAAAGUUCUAAGGAUAGUUAGGAAGAAGGUGACGAGGACAAAUGUGAAGAAGGUGAAGAAGGUGAGAAGGAUGAAGUAG